AGAUUUUGGAGAGACUUGUUUGAAGGCUGUACUUUUCUAUUCUACUUUCUAUUUCGCAAUAUGGAGAUAAUGAAUCUACUAGAUCCUACAAAUGAGACACACCAUCAGUACUGCAGGAAACAGAAGUCCAUUGCAGUUGUGGAUAGAAGGAAUGUUAAGAGGUGCUUCUUUGGAUGAGUUGGAAGACUUGCAAGAGGUUGAAGACUUGGAUCAAUAUGGCAUAGAUGGCAAUGGUCCUGUACCUCUUGAUGGGCUCCAAGACCAAACAGUGGUUGUUCCUGAAACCAUUUCACAGCUGAGUCAAGCUGAUCUCAAUGCUUUGCAAUUGAACGUGAACCCGCUAGAAUUUUCGGAUUGUCAUGGCACUGAUUUGUAUGUUCGUGCUCGUGAAUUUGUUCAAGAUGUAUUUUUGUAAAAGUA